AUGGAAGAGCUGGUACCUUUAUUCUUUGCACUGGACCACGUCAAUUACGCACGCUGGGCCUCCAUCCAUAUUCGUGACCUGAAGUCUCUACCGGACAACAUCGCUAAGGAAUUUCAGAACGAAGGCCACUGGGUAUUGUCAAAAACAGGCAACAGGUUUUCUGCUAUUCCCAGGCGCAUGAACAGGAGAACAAAAUCGUCAAGAGUGCAGGUGGUGCAGUAGGCCUAACGGAGAACCCUGUAGCAUUUAGGUGAGCACAAAAAUCUAUUCUUUGCUUAUGCUUCGUUAUCAGCACAAUGUGCCAAUUGAAAAUUGUUAAUUAAGUUGUUCUGUUUCGUUAUUUUAUUUAUGUAUUUAUUAGUUUCGCCAUAUUACAAUACACAAAACUAUAACAAGAACAAGAAUAAUAUACAUGACUAUAGGCAGGGUGACCGCAACAGCGUGAGCCAAUUACUGCGGGCCCGAAAUUAUUGUUAUCGCGUUACAAAUUACAUGUUCUAUUUUUUUUUUUGAUUGAUUAUUUUAUAUAUUUACAAUCAUAAAAUAGGCUGGUUAUAAACAAAAUGGUGUAUUAGUUAACACUCAAUCAAACUGGUAAAACGGCAAAUCAGAGCACAUUGUUUGGCAGAAAAUAACUAUUCAUAGGGAUGAAAAUACUGAAUUUCGAUAUAUUCUUUUUUUUUCAGACGUUGGAUGCUUUCAGGCCCUGAGACAACGAGACUUUUGCAUCAAUUUGAGGAGCAAUAUCUAGGACCUGAUAGCGAGGAGUUUCAGGAUCGUCUAAAUCAUGAGAUGGGACUAAGCGCGCAGAAGACGUUCAAGAAGCAGGUGAACAAUCUGGUUGAUGUAAUAAGGACGAUGGGGAACCCCUUUCUUGACGACUUCCCAGAGCUAGUUACACUGGACAGCCGGGAUUGUAUGGAUGAUGCUGUAGCCGAGGCAGUAGUUAACCUUGAGCAGCUUGGAAAGAAGCAGUACCAGGAUUUUGUGAAGGCAGUUAUAAAGGACAGAACGAUUUCAAUAACCAAUCCCAUCAAGAAGAACAAGCUUCCCCUUUAUGGCAAACGGCCGUCACGCGCCAAAUUUAAAGAGUCGAAGACAAUCACAGCACUGCAGAAUAACGUCGCCUUUUUCGCGCAAUUGUAUAUAGCAAUGCAGAGUCGCGACGCUGACCUCGAGGAAUUCUUCAGCCACGAAGUACAGGCAUUCCCUCCCUCGUUAUCAGAAUUUGGCAACCUCCGUCUUCCGAAUGCGAAGUCCGAACUGAUGAAGUGAUCGCCCAGCCGCAACAGCCCGAGCCUCCACCCCAGUUUGAUUGCCGAAUAUGCGAUGGAGCUGUUAUAGUCCAUUGUCUUCCGGUUACAGGAGCAAUCACCUUCGACGACUACGCCGACAACGUUUUCAUACCAUAUCUCCGCUGUCAGGACAGCAGACGAGUGGACGUUGUUUGGGAUUCCUAUGUCCCUGACAGCCUGAGAGAAUCAACUAGAGAAAAGAGAGGGAAAGGCGUGCGACGCAAAGUUGCAGGUAGCACAAAGCUUCCGCCGAAGUGGAUUCAAUUCCUGCGUGAUUCAGCAAAUAAGCAAGAACUGUUCGCAAUUCUUACAUCGAAGGUUGCUGCGUACACCUGGCCAGAGACGAAGACGGUGUACAUGACUUCAGGUUUGUAUUGGUAAUGCUCACAUAAUUAGUAGUAUCAUGCCAACCAUAAUGUAUAGUUCAUUUUUAGGGGUUUCUGUGAACUCCACAGACUCAAACAGAUCGAUGCCUGAGUGUAACCACGAAGAGGCAGACACACGGAUCGUCGUCCACGUUCUCCAUGCCAUUCAAGUCGAGCAAGCAAAGUAUGUAUUGGUCAGAACCGUUGAUACAGACGUCGUCGUCAUCCUAGUAGGAACGUUCUACAAUCUUAAAUCAAUCGUUCCAGACUUAGACCUGUGGGUGGCUUUUGGAACGGGACGCCACUUCUCGUACAUCAACAUUAACACCAUCUGUGUCAGCCUGGGUGAAGCAAGGUCUAGAUCACUACCAGUUUUCCAUGCGCUUACUGAUUGUGAUACCACGUCAUCCUUUUAUGGGAAAGGCAAGAAGUCCGCCUGGCAGGCAUGGGAGCUGUAUCCAGAUGUUACCUCGACUUUCGAGUUUCUGGCAAAGAACGCUUACCAUCAGCUAACGGCAGACUCUGCCCAUUUCAAGAGAAUUGAACGAUAUGUUGUCGUCCUGUUUGACAAGUCGAGCCCACUGGAUUCCAUAAACAGGACGAGGAUGGAGCUGUUUUGUAAGAACAACAGAGCAAUGGACAAGCUUCCGCCAACACAGGUAACUAUGACAGCUUGCAUGCUAAGAGUUUUUCUUUACUGUAUUGCUAUUCAUGAUGCUUCAUUCAACGAUUACAUUUUCUUUCAAUCACAAGGAUGCUCUCCUACAACAUGUUCAUCGUUCAAUUUUCCAAGCGGGAAUAUGGUCGACCAGUGAGCACUCACAACAGGCAGUACCAUCUCCAGACAGGUUUUCUUGGAAGAAAGAGGGAGGAUCAUGGGUACCGAAAUGGAUAACUAUACCCGAGGUCUCGAAGGCUUGCAGCAAACUAACAAAGUGUACCUGCAAAGGUUCAUGCACAAGAUGCAAGUGCGCUAAGGCGUAUUUGGCGUGCACUCCGCUUUGCAGAUGUAAAUGUGUAAACAGUGCAAGUGAUCCGUGA